AUGGGGAACUCAUUUGGAUGUUCUGCUUCAGGGGAGCGAUUAGUAUCAGCUGCAAGAGAUGGAGAUUUCGUAGAGGCAAAGAUGCUGUUAGAUUGCAAUCCAUGCCUUUCAAAGUAUUCUACUUUUGGUGGUUUGAACUCACCCCUUCAUUUUGCUGCUGCCAAAGGCCACAAUGAGAUCGUGGCAUUGCUGUUAGAGAAUGGAGCUGAUGUAAAUUCGAGAAAUUAUUGUGGCCAGACAGCAUUGAUGCAAGCAUGUCGAUAUGGGCAUUGGGAAGUGGUUCAAACUCUUCUGCUUUUCAGAUGCAAUGUUGUUCGAGCAGAUUAUCUCAGUGGGAGGACCGCUCUUCAUUUUGCGGCCGUAAAUGGACACGCGAGAUGUGUCAGAUUAGUUGUUGCAGAUUUUGUUCCUAGCAUUCCCUAUGAAUCGCUUAAUCAUCAAACAGUAAAUGAAUCAAGUGAUGGUUCCAACAGCCGUACCACGAACGAGCAGAGUGGUCUCUCCAAGUUCGUGAACAAGGCUGCUGAUGGAGGAAUUACUGCUCUUCACAUGGCUGCUUUGAACGGAUACUUUGACUGUGUACAACUUCUACUUGACCUUCAUGCAAAAGUUUCAGCCGUCACCUUCCAAUAUGGGGCCUCAAUGGAUUUGAUCGGGGCUGGGAGCACUGCAUUGCAUUAUGCAGCUUGUGGAGGGAAUUUGAAAUGCUGUCAGAUCCUUCUUGCCAGAGGGGCUAGUCGUUUAUCAUUAAACUGCAACGGAUGGCUUCCGCUUGAUGUUGCAAGAAUGUGGGGCCGUCAUUGGCUUGAGCCCCUUUUGGAACCUAAUUCGGACCUGCCAAUACCUGUAUUCCCACCGUCUAAUUAUUUAUCAUUGCCGCUUAUGAGCAUUCUAAGUAUAGCAAGAGACUGUGGGUUGCAGUUCUCGGCUAGUGCUUCUGAUGAUGCUGAUACUUGUGCCGUUUGCUUGGAGAGAGUAUGUACUGUAGCUGCCAAAGGUUGCGCGCACGAACUAUGUGUUCGAUGUGCUCUAUACCUCUGCUCGACCAGCAACAUCCCUCUCGAAUCAACCAUACCUCCCGGCACAAUCCCCUGCCCCCUCUGCCGCCACGGCAUCCUGUCCUUUGCCCGCCUGGCGGGCCCCACCACCGAAAAACAGAUCAAAUUACCCAUAUCGUCCCUCGGCCUGUGCACGCCUUGCAUGCUCCACCACCACCAUAGGGAGCAUCAUGACCCUCCCGAGGCUUCCCGCUCGCCCGAGCCCAGGAAAGGGAGACGAACAGAUUCUGUCUCGUCAGACAUCUUUUGUCCCGUCACGUGCAGCCCUUUUCCAUCAGUGGUGAUCCCUCUCUGCACGUGCAAUAAAGAAGGGCCCUGCCCGAACUUCGAUGGAAGGCCCGGGCAGGAUUGCCCGGAUGGUUCGCAGCCCGUUACAGAUGAACGGGAAAAAAUGGAGGGCGUGAGGUUGGAGAAGACAACAACAUGUUCGGGUAUGUUUUGGGGUAGGAGGAGCUGCAGCAGGGAGAACCAGUGCAAUGCCGAGAUUAACGCAUGA